GCAACCACACUAUAUUCGCAAACAACGUGUAUGGGAGAUCACAUCAAUAACCAAUAUGCAAGUCGAAAUAAAGCGAGAAAACUAUGCGUGCAACAAAAAGAUGUGUUCCGAAAACGAUGCUUACUCAAAGAUGGAUCAUUUAAUCAAUAAAAUUAUAGAAAAGGAAGGGUUCAUCCAAUACAAAAUUGAUAAGAAAUGCAUAUCAACAAACGGAGGGAACUACCUCGGAGAACUCUCCGAGAUCGAUGUUCAAGGAAAAACGAAAGAUGGCGACAAAGUUCUAAACAUCUUCGUGAAAAAAAUGAACACAGGCGACGAAAUGAAAAUUAUUUCAAUACCAAAUGCUUAUAUGACAGAAUUGUUCUUCUAUAAAGAACUUUCGAAGAUUUUUCAUGAACUGCAAGAAGAGGCUCGCGUACCCUUAAACAAGAAGUACUGGACUGUCAAAAGCUACGAUGAAAGUGAAAAAGAUUUGAUAUUAAUGGAUAAUUUAUCAAGAAAAGGUUUUAUAACACCAGAUAGGAUGGAUGUCGUCUCUUUACAGUUCGCUGAAAAGGCAAUCCAGGAGCUGGCUAAAUUCCAUGCGUUUUCAUUUAUUUUGAAAGAGAAGCGUCCAGAAUAUUUCGAAAAACGAAUUCGGACCAUGAAAUCUCCUUUCAAACCUGGCAAAGAUUGGGAUGGAUUUGUCCAAAAUAUUCUUAAAACAACGAUAAAAUUUGUCGAUGAAAAUUUGAAGGAAAGAGUAGAAAAUUAUUCCGUAAAUAUUGAAAAAAAGUAUCUAAACUAUUAUGAAGAUAAGAAAACUCAACGAUGUUUGGUUCAUGGUGAUUAUCGGCCCAACAAUGUGUUGACAAAAAUAACUGUAAGUACUUCAACUUUUUAUGUUGUGAUUUUAACUGCACGGAUAGCCGAGAAGUAAAGAUCACAUGAGGUGUCGCGGUUUCGA